AUCAAAAAUCUUACUCACACCACAGCCAUCAAAACAGAGUACUCUGUUUAGUCGGUGUCUAUUCUCAUCCUACACACAAAGCUACAAAGUACUUAACUCUCAAAUUAAAAUUAAAAUUAAAAUAACAAUAAGAAAAACACUCUGGUGAAAAAAAAAUAGCAGCAAUGGCAGUAUCACUACAAGCUGCAGCUACACUCAUGCAACCAACUAAGAUUGGUAUCAAUAAUCGUAGCACCACUUUACAUCUCAAGUCAACACAAUCCAUUUCUAAGGCUUUUGGCUUGGAACACAAUGGAGCUAAGCUCACUUGUUCUCUUCAGGACAUAGCUCAUAGGUUUGCUGAUUCUGCUAAAAUUGCAGGAUUUGCUCUUGCAACCUCUGCUCUUGUUGUUUCUGGAGCAAGUGCAGAAGGUGCUCCAAAGCGACUAACCUUUGACGAAAUCCAGAGCAAAACAUACUUAGAAGUGAAAGGAACAGGAACAGCUAACCAAUGUCCAACAAUUGAAGGUGGAUCCGACUCAUUCUCCUUCAAGUCAGGAAAAUACAAUGCAAAAAAAUUCUGCCUUGAACCAACUUCAUUCACAGUAAAAUCCGAAGGCAUAACUAAAAACUCCCCGCUCGAUUUCCAAAAUACUAAGCUAAUGACGCGCUUGACAUACACGCUGGACGAGAUAGAAGGACCAUUCGAAGUAUCUCCUGACGGUACAGUCAAAUUCGAGGAGAAAGAUGGCAUUGAUUAUGCUGCUGUGACUGUUCAGCUCCCCGGAGGCGAGCGCGUGCCAUUCCUCUUCACGAUCAAACAGUUGGUAGCGUCAGGGAAGCCGGACAGCUUUAGUGGAGAGUUUUUAGUACCAUCUUACCGAGGUUCGUCGUUCUUGGACCCAAAGGGAAGAGGUGCCUCAACUGGUUAUGACAAUGCAGUUGCAUUGCCUGCUGGUGGAAGAGGCGAUGAGGAAGAACUUGGUAAGGAAAAUAACAAGAGUGCUGCAUCAUCUAAAGGGAAAAUUACAUUGAGUGUAACUCAGAGUAAGCCUGAAACUGGUGAGGUUAUUGGUGUGUUUGAAAGUAUUCAGCCUUCUGAUACUGAUUUAGGUGCUAAAGCUCCUAAGGAUGUUAAGAUUCAAGGUGUUUGGUAUGCUCAGCUUGAGUCAUAGAACAUUUCUGAUGGUUUAGAUUUUGUUAGCAAAAUCUUUUGACACCAAUUGGUUAAGAGCAUUGAGAGCAAUUAGUAUCAUGUUUGUAUAUUAUAAUGACUUGAUCAUAAUGCUUAAAAUGUCACAUGGUCUUGUGUCUUAAAACA